GGACUGACCACCCGGUCCCGCCCCUGCUUUCUCUGUUCGCUGUGAUAAAGCCCCGGCGCAGUCCCACCGAGGAGAGUCGGCUCUGUUCGCGAGCGCCAGCACCAUGCCUAUGAUACUGGGUUACUGGAACAUCCGCGGGCUGGCUCACCCCAUCCGCCUGCUCCUGGAAUACACAGACUCAAGCUAUGAGGAGAAGAAAUACACCAUGGGGGACGCUCCCGACUAUGACAGAAGCCAGUGGCUGAAUGAGAAAUUCAAGCUGGGCCUGGACUUUCCCAAUCUGCCCUACUUGAUCGAUGGGCCUCACAAGAUCACCCAGAGCAACGCCAUCCUGCGCUACCUUGCCCGCAAGCACAACCUGUGUGGGGAGACAGAAGAGGAGAAGAUUCGUGUGGACAUUUUGGAGAACCAGAUUAUGGACGUCCGCAUGCAUUUCAUCAUGCUCUGCUACAACCCUGACUUUGAGAAAAAGAAGCCUGAGUACUUGGAGGCCAUGCCUGAGAUGAUAAAGCUGUUCUCACAGUUCCUGGGGAAGCGGCCCUGGUUUGCAGGGGACAAGAUCACCUACGUGGAUUUCAUCACUUAUGAUGUCCUGGACCAGCACCGUGUAUUUGAACCCAAGUGCCUGGAGGCAUUCCCAAACCUGAAGGACUUCAUGUCCCGCUUUGAGGGCCUGAAGAAGAUCUCUGCCUACAUGAAGUCCAGCCGCUUCCUCCCAACACCUAUGUAUUCCAAGAUGGCCACAUGGGGCAACAAGUAAGAGGCUGUUAACACCCAGACUGAGAGGAAGAAGCCAUCCUUGCCCCUGCUGGCCCCGGGUUCCUCACACAGCUGGCUCUCUGCACCCAGGCACCAGUCUUCUCAGUCCUUGCUCCUCUUUCCACUCCCUCCUCCUCUGCAAGGCCUCCUUGGCUCCCUUUCUUCCAUUCAAUCCCUCCUCCUUUGGAACUUCUGCCUGCUUCAUUUCUCAGUUUUCUUCAGCACUGUCCCUUCCCUCUUGCUUCUCUGUGCCCUAAAUUCAACCAUGAAUCCUUGGCUCUGAUUUGCAGAGCUGACUUCACCCCUGCUCCUGAGAACUGUCUGAAAAUCCAGUAUUCCCUUGUGUGCAGCUCAGACCCCAGAGCGGCAGCUGCCCAGGCCUGGUUUGAACUCAAUAAAGCCUGAAACACA